CAGGCCGCCGCCGCGCGGACCAGCGCCGGCUCGCUCCCCGCGGCCGCGCUCAGCUCUUGGCCGCUCGUGUGUCCGGUGGCGUCGGGACUCCGCGAAGUUCAGUGCUGCACCUGUCCCGGGGUCCCGCGGGCUCCCGGCGUCAGACCCCCUUCCCGCCUUCUCGAGCUGCGCCGCCCCGGCUGCCAUGGCCCCCAGCCCCAAGCCGGGGGGCGGCUGGGGCGCGGCCCUCUCCCACCUAGCGCUGGGGCUGGUGUCCCUGCACGCAGCCGCGAGCUCCGCCCAGGCAAGUCGCGGGGCAGCUGCCGGCUUCCUGCUGCAGGCCUUGGCGGCCACCACCACGCUGGCUCCAGGGGCGGGCGCGCGCGAAGACUGCCUCGCCGGAGCCUGGGUGGCCACGGUCAUCGGCCUGCCCCUCCUGGCCUUCGACUUCCACUGGGUGAACGGGGACCGCUCCUCCGCCAACCUGCUGCUGGGGGCAGGCAUGGUGCUGGCCGUGGCCGGAGACCACCUCGGCGCUGAAGGCUGCUCCGUGGCCGGCCAGGCCGUGCUGCUGGUGGUCGCAGUGACCAUCCUCAUCGUGGCCGCAUUCACGGCCAACACCUACGGGAUGUGGGGGGGCGCCAUGCUGGGCGCCGCAGGCCUCCUGAGCCGGCUGGAGGAGGACAGCCUGCCGCUGCCGCUGCCCAAGGAGGACGUCUGCCGCUGGACCCUGGCUGCAGGCAGCUGGGCCUACUGCCGGGCCUUGCGCACGCAGCGCCUGCAGUGGGAGUGACUGCUGGACACAGCCAGGCUCUUUCCUCCCGGAGUGGGCUUGCCACGGGCUGACAGGCCCCGGGCCGUCUGGGCACUGUCCCCGCUCCGGACACUUGCGGGGUCUUGCCCAGGCCAGAAGGUCAGAGUUAGAGACACGGCCACUUGGGGGGGGGCGGGGAAGAGAAGACCUGGUCCCGGGCUGGACACGGUUGUGCAAAGAGGCUCCGUCGACAAUAAACCUUAGGAAU